AUGGUAUUCGAAAAGUUCGUUGUCCAUCUAUUGGACAAAUAUUUAAGUGAUUAUAUUGAAAAUUUGGAUUAUAAAAAGUUAAAAGUUGAUAUAUGGAGUGGUAAUGUUAUAUUAGAAAAUCUUUAUCUAAAACCAAAUGCUCUUGCUGAUCUUAAUCUUCCAAUAACGAUAACUAUUGGAUAUCUUAAAAAACUUGCACUUCAAAUUCCAUGGAAAAAUUUAUAUACACAUCCAACAAAACUCACUAUCGAUGGACUCUAUGUACAUGUUAUACCGAAAAUCGAAAUUGAAUACAAUGCUAAACAAGAUGAAAAAGAACAACAUGAAGCUAAAAUGAAAGAAGUUAAUAAAAUCGAAAAACUUCGUCAAGACAAAGAAGCUUUUAAGGAUAUAAACAAUAUUGAAAAAGAUAAUGAUACAUUUAGUGCACGAAUGAAAUUACAAAUUAUGCAAAAUCUUGAAUUAUUAAUUCAUAAUAUUCAUAUUGUUUAUGAAGAUAAAACAACAAAACCUAAUCAUCCAUUUGCAUUUGGUAUCACACUUAAUUAUAUUACAUUUCAAACAACUAAUAAAGAAUGGAUACCAACAAUAAUCAAAGAAAAUAGUCCAGUUAUUUACAAACUUGGCGAAUUGAAUGCUUUGUCAAUCUAUUGGAAUACAAAUAUUAAAUCAAAUUCAAAUUUACCAAGAAAUGAAAUCAUUAAAAAUUUACAAACAAAAAUUGCUGUUGAUACUGAUCAAGUAUCAAAAGAUAUGACAUAUAUCUUUCGACCAUUCAAUGUUAAAACUAAAUUAAUCAUGACAAUGAAACCUCGUCAACAAAAAUUCGAAAGACCUAUGUUUUAUAUAACCAUCGAUUUAGGACAUAUUAGUUUAAAUUUAAAUCGUGCUCAGUAUUUGGAUAUACUUGAUUUACUCGAAUUUCAAGGUCAUAUUACUGCAAAAUUAAAAUAUAUUAAAUAUCGACCACAGAAAUUCGAUAAAACAAUAGAAAAAUGGAUAUUUGCUUACAAUGCAAUUGUGAAUGAAAAAAUUAAACCUCGUUUAGAAUGUUAUAAAUGGGAAAAUAUAAAAAAACAUUUAGAAUAUUGUCGUGAAUAUCGUUAUAUUUAUGUACAAGAACUUACAGGAAAAAUAACUGAUGAACAGAAACAACGUACUGAAGAAUUAGAAAAAAAACUCGAUGUAUUCAAUUUAACAUAUAUUCGUCAACGUGCUCAACUUGAAGCAAGAAAGAAAAAAGAACAAAAACCAAAGACUUUGUUGGAGAACUUUUCCAAUUGGUGGAAUAACAAAUCAAGUCAAACUGAUCCAGAACUUGAUCUAGAAAAAAUAUUAUCAGCUGAAGAAAAGGAAAAAUUAUAUGAAACUAUCGGCUAUGAAGGUGAAGAUACAUCAACAUUGACUUAUCCUAAAGAUUAUGUUGAUAUUGAUCUUUCGAUUCGAUUGAUUAUGCUCGAUUUAAAUAUCUGGUCAAAAAUCAAUGAAAAUGAUCAACAAUUUAGAGUUAUUAGUCGUGCUGCUCUACCUGAUACAGAAAUAAUAUUUAAACGACGUCCAACAACAUCUUCUGCUUUAUUUCUUGUUAGUUUAGGUUCAUUUCAAGUAUUCGGUAUUGCUACUGAUUUGAAACAAUCAGAAUUAUCAAAUGAUAAUCGUCCUGUUCUUAUUCAUCCAAUUAUUCAAUCAACAUUAUCAAAUAAUCAAUUAGAACAACCAAAAUUAUUAGAAGUUGAAUUUGAAACUAAUCCAUUAGAUAGAGACUCGGGUUAUCGUAUAAAAGUCAUAUCACAAUCAGUUGAAGUUAAAUACAAUGCCCCAACUAUCAAUAAACUUAUUGAAUGUUUUGAACAGGAUACUCAACGCAAUCUGCAAGGAGUUAAACAAGCAGCUUAUACAACAUAUACUGAUGUUAAACAUCGAUCUAUAUUACUUAUGAAAUACAAUAUAGAAACAACAAAAGUACUCGAUAUUCACAUUAAUCUACAAUCGCCUUUUUUUAUUUUACCUGAAAAUGGUGUCUACUAUGAUGGUUGUCCAGCCAUUUGUUUGGAUAUGGGUAAUUUAAUUUUGCAACAAAAUAGUAUGAUCAAUAAAAAUGACGAAGAAACAAUGGAUAAUUACAUUCAAUUUCAAUUAGAAUUAAAAAAUUUUCAAUUACUUUAUGCUAAUAAAUAUGAAAAUUGGCAAAAUGCACGUCAACAAGAAACUACUCGUUUACAUUUAAUUAAACCAAUAACACUUUCUAUAAAUCUUUUUAAAUGUUUGUAUUCGGAUAAUGCUAAUUUUCCUGCAUGGAAGAUUUCUGGACAAAUUCCAUUGGUGAGCGUACGAAUUUCGGAUAUGCGUUUAUUUAAAAUUAUAAAACAUAUUCAAUCACUUCCAUUUCCACAAUCGAAAUAUCGAACGAUAACAGAUAUAGAAAAUGAAACUGAACUAUGGAUGACGCCAACUUUAAUUGAUACUACUCAACAAACAUUAGAAACAAUUGAAAAUAUGACACCUAUGAAAAAAAUUUUAGAAAAAUUGGCUAAUGAAAAUCAAAAAAUUGAAAAUAAAUUCGAAGAACAAUUUACACAAAUCGAAGCUAAUUUUAAACUUUCACAAAUCGAUCUUCUUCUUGAAGAAGAAAAAGAAGAUAGAGAUUAUCCAUUUCUUCGUAUUUCAUUUAUAUCAAUCUAUGUACAAACAUUCAUUAAAACAUUUGAUAUAGAAUUUCAAGCAUCAUUAGAUGAUUUUAUUAUUUAUCAUGAACAAUUCAUAACAAAAGAUAAUCAACAUCUUCGUUUUCUUGCUGCUCAACAUGAAGAAAAUCAAAAUAUUGAUAAAAUAAAUUCUAAAAAAUUAGUUAGUUUACAUAUUUUACAUACAUCAUCAAAUAAUCCAUUAUUUACAUCAUCAAAAUAUGAUGGAUUGGAAAAUAAAAUUCGAAUACAUUUUAGUAAACUUAUUGUUACAUUACAAUUAGAAGCAUUAUUAUCUAUCAUGAAAUUUCAAGAUAAUUUCAUGCAAAAAUGGCCAACAGAUAUUUUUGAAGAACACAUUGAAAAAAAACAAUUAUCUGAAAAAUUUUCUCAAGAAAAUAAAAGAAUGUCGACGAUCGAAAAAUUUGUUAAGACAAAUAAUUUAUCACUUGAAAGUACACUUGAAAUUGAAGCUAAUUUAGAAGAAUUUCAUAUUGUUAUUGCAACGAUGGAUACUCAAAUGUUUGAUGUUUACAUUCAUGGUGUCAAAGCUAAUAUGCAUAAUACAUCUAAUGAAACAUUUCUCAAUUUAAUUCUUACCGAUUUUUGUAUGUUCGAUCCUCAUAUGGAUGCACGAUUUCGAAAGAUUAUUUCACAACAAAGUGAAGACAACGAAUUAUUAUCAGUUUCUAUGGUUCUUUUUAACUAUCCUAAGAUACAUACAAAAGCUCUAGAUGAUGUUGAUUGUAGUGUUAAAAUUAAUUUUGCCAAGGCAAAGAUAUUAUUUCUCUAUAAAUAUGUCGAUCAAAUAAUGGGAUUUCUUGACAUAUUGAAUAUUUCAAAAUCAGCAAUUGAUGUUGCUCAAAAUCAAAUUGAUGCUGUUUAUGAACAAGUACAAAAUAUACAAAAUCAAGCAUAUAAACUACAUCUAAAUGCUACAUUUAAUGCACCAAAUAUUAUUAUUCCAAUAAAUGCUUAUUCAGAUGAAGCAUUAUGUCUUGAUUUAGGAAAAUUAAUAUUACAAACAAAAUUUAUUGAUGAUCCAGAAAUAAUACUUAUUGAACAACAACAAGUUAACAUUGAAAAUGUUCGUGCUCGUCGAGUUAAACUCAAUAAAAAUAAUAAUGAAAUAGAAAAUGAAAUAAUUCUACUCGAAUGUGCAAAUUUAAAAAUCGAUAUUAAUAGACUUUUAUAUCCUGAAAAAAUAAAAUUUACAGCAUAUAUUUCUGUUAACAUGCAAUGGGAUCUUAUUCAUUUUCAAUUAGCUAAAGAUGAUUAUUUAUGUGUAAUGAAAAUUUUAAUGGAAAAUUUUAAUGAUCAAACAAUAACAAAUAUUAUUCGUGAACAAUAUCGUUAUCAACAAGAACAACAAAAACAAGAAGAAGAUGCUUUACGAAAUGCUGUUAUUAAAAAACAAACAGCAUGGCAAAUUGGUGAAAUAUUUGAAAAAAUUAAAGUUCAUGCUGAAAUCAAAAAACUUGCACUUACACUUUAUCUUGGUGAAUCGAAUUUGAUUAAUCGUCAUGUAAAACAUGAAGAAAAUUUGAAAUUAGUUAAGGUAGAAAUCAAUAUAUUCGAAGUUAUCUAUCGACAACAUUCAGAUUCAAGUUAUAAAGUUAUAGCACGUGUAAAAAAUUUUCUAUUUGAUGAUCUACGAGAAACACAUAAAACAGAUACUGUUACACAUAUGAUGGAUCGACAUUUUACUGUUGAUCCAAAUGCAUAUAUGCUAAUAGCUAGUUUAGAAUUUAAAUCAAAAGAUUCAAUACGUUUAAACGAUCAACAACGAUUAAAUAUUCAAUUGGAAAGUCUUUAUAUUUGUAUUAAAUUAGAUUAUUUGAUAAUAUUAAAAGAUUUUUUCAUGUCAAAUAUACCAAUAGAUGAUAAAAAUAAAUCAAAAAAUCAAGAAAUAAUAAUGACAACCUCUACAUUAUCUUCAAUUGAAACUACUAAUAAUAAUGUUGAAACUAGAAUUGAUAUACUUGUUAAAAAUCCUGAAAUAAUUCUACUUGAAGAUCAACAUAAUUCUAAUUCAAAUUGUCUUGUACUCAAUUUUGCUCUUGAUAUACGUGCGCUUAAUAUUGGAGAUAAUACGAACUUAUUUGGUGCAUUGAAUGAUUUAACUAUCUAUAGUUCGAAAUUUGCUGAAUUGAAAUCUUCGAAAGUUAAAUAUCGAAUUUUACAACCAACAAAAGUUGAUCUAUCAAUAAUUAUCGAUUUAGAACAACAAAAAAUUGAUAUUCGUUUUUCACAUAUUAUUAUUAAUAUUACACCAGCUGCUGCUCGUAUACUUAUUGGUGUUACUAGUUCAUUAAGUAAACAUGAGCCAACGAAUAAACAAGAAAAAUUCGAUAUGCAAACAAUGUUUAAGCCAAAACCAAUUAACGAAUCUGAUUUUUGGUAUUUACAAGACAUUAAUGAUCUUCCAUCACAGAAAAAUUCUCUUAUUGAAAAUAAGAAGAAGAAAGAAGAAAGUUGUCUUUCCCAACAACUUGUUUUAACAUUAACAACUAUGGAAAUAAAACUUGAUGUUGGUUUUGGUUUAGUAACGAAACCAGUCGUUGCUAUGUGUCUAUCGAAUUGGACAGUUGAUCUUAAAAAUUGGUCUGAUCAGAUGACUGCUUCAUUAACAAUGAAUAUUGAAGCAGCUUUAUACAAUGAACAUACGCUUGCAUGGGAACCUCUUAUUGAACCGACACUUGAUAAAAAUACAGGACAUCUUUCACCAUGGAAUAUUACAUGUUCAAUUACACCUAUAUAUCCGAUUUCUGAUCGUCUUGAAUCAUCAUCAACACAUACUCAACAACAACAAAAGAAAAUUUCUGGUCUCAAUGCUAAACAAUUAAUAUCAAUUGGAACUCAACAAUUAUUAAAUAUAACUAUAACGAAAACAGGUCUUGAACUUAUUCAAAAUUUAUCAUCUUUAUUUAAUGAUAUUUAUAAUCAACGUUUACCAAAAAAUUUUAAUGAAAAUGAAUCAUUAUUAUCAUUAGUAAAUUUAACAGGGCAAGAUAUUUUCAUUGAUAAUCUAAAUGGUCUCGAAUUUACUGAUGAUAUAACAUGGACGUCAAAAGUUAUGAAACAAAAUGAAUCAAUUUCAUUAAAUGCUCCUGUUGAACGAUUAUCAUCAACUUAUCGACUUUCUGUUAUGGAAGAACAAACUUUUAAAAAGCGACAAGAAUUUUCUGUUCAAUUUGAUGAUCAUAUUAAAUUAAUAAAUAUUAAUCGAACAUGGCAACGUAUAUAUGAUUUAAAACCAUCAUUUAUUCCAUUUUUUCCAAUUCAAUUACUUUGUGAUACACAAAUACAUAAUAAUUGUCGACGUAUUAUUCUUAGUUCUAUUAUCAAAAUAUAUAAUAAUACAACAUUACCAAUAGCUAUUCUAGAUUUUAAUUCAAAUACAGAAAAAUCUUAUCAUCGAAUUGGAAUAAAUGAAUAUUAUUAUGUUCCUAUUAAUCUUUUUUAUAAAAGUUCGAAUCUAUCAAUUUCUAUUGGUGUUGAUGAAAAUGAUCCGGAUGGAUCAAUCAGUGACUUUUUUGAAUACCAUUGGAUAACGACAAUGACUCUAGAGAAAAAAUUACAAUUAAAAAAUGGCAAAGCAAAUCAUUUAAUUGUAUAUAGAGAAAUAAAAGAAGCUUAUUUAGAAAAUACAGAUCAACUUGAACGAAACUCAUACAGUAUUUAUAUUCAUUCAACUAUUCAUCUAACAAAUCUUUUACCAAUUGAUAUUCAAUGUUCGAUUAAUAAUAUUGAAGAAAUUUAUCUGAAACCAAGUCAAUUACAAUUAAUUACAUCUGGUGGCAAAAAUUCUAUACUUAGAUUUAUUAUUCCAUUUUACAAUAAAAUUAAAUGGAUUUCAGAUCCUAUUGAUUUAGGAAUACGAAAAAGAAAUGAUCCUAGUGAACAAAUUAUUACUUUUCAUAAUGCUACAUCUACAGAUAAACAGCAAAUUUUACGAAUGGCUUUACGUGUGGAUUUAUUUCAUGAGUCAUAUCGUUUAUCAUUAUAUGCACCAUUCUGGAUUGUUAAUCAUACCAAUCUUAAACUUGAAUUUCAAAUCGGUAACGAUAGAAUAUUGAUUAAAAAUAUUGAAAAUUCAUUCCUUGUCUGCCCGGAAAAAUAUACAAAUGAUACCAGUGAAAAAGGUCAAAUUCGAUUGUAUGGUGUAACACAAAAUGAUUCAAUGAAAUAUUGGUCAGAAGAAUUUUCACUUCAUGUUAUCAAAAGUAUUGGAAUGGCUAACUGUAAAGGACCCAAUGAUAAAACAUAUAUGAUUUGUGUUGAUAUAACAACAAGUUCAUUUGGUUUAACAAAAAUUGUUACAUUAUCACCAGCUAUGGUUAUUAUUAAUCAAACUUCAAUUCCUAUUGAAAUUGUUGAAACUUUAAGGGAUAAAGAACAAAGUCAAUGGAUUUUCGUGGAAUGUGAUGAAGUUAUUCCAUUUUGGCCACAAAAUGCCAAAGAAGGUUUAAUGCGUGUUCGUUAUGCACAUAAUCAAAAGACAUCGAAAGCAUUUUCAAUGAAUAAAAAACAUCAUACAUUACUGUAUAUGAAUGAUACAGAACGUUUAGUUAUAUUUGUAGAAGUUAUUGCCACGGAUUUUGAUGGUGUUCGAGUGAUAUUUAGUGAUUAUAAACAAGUUGAUGCACCCGUAUUACUUAUCAAUCAUACAGAUGAUCAAUUAAUUUCAUUUGUUCAAAAGGAUGAUAUGAAAAUUCAAUAUUUAGUACCACAAUAUUUUGUCUAUUAUACAUGGAUGGAUCCAUUAAAACCACGUGAAAUGAUUAUUACUUGCAAUGACAAAUCAAAAACGAUUGAACUUAAUCCUCAUCGUGGUGAUCUUGAUAUAAAUGAAAAUUAUCAUACUGUCAAGUAUAUUGUAUUCAUUGAUGGUGUUCAAACUGUAUUACUUUUCUCAUGUGAUGAACAAAUUAUUGAAGCUACAUUAAAUAUACCAUCUUCAACUCAAUCUAUAUGUCGACGUCUUCAACUUGGCAUGCCUAAUGUUGGUCUAUCAAUUGUAAAUGAUAUUAGACGAGAAGAACUUCUUUAUAUGAGUUUAAAAAAAUCAAAACUUAUUUGGGUUCAAAUAAAAAAAUCUGGAAUGAAACCAUUUUCACAUGAUAUACAUACACAAUUAGAAGAAUUGUAUAGAAUAAACCUACAAUUAAUAGAAACAAAUCCAAAUGAUGAAACUCUUCGUCAAACGAAAUAUCAUAUGGGUGACUAUCGUGAAGUUACUUUUUAUGAAAAUACUGCUAAAUUAGUCAAUCAAAAAGGUGAACAUAAAUUAGCUAAACGACAAUCACUUAAUGGAUUAUGGAUUGAAUAUACAUGGUCAAUGACUAAUGCAGCAUUUUAUGCUUGUAUUAAUCAUAUUCAAAUUGAUAAUCAACUAGAAUAUACUAAUUUUCCAAGUAUUCUUUAUCCAAUAUUAUCUAAAACAGCAGAUUCUGAUAUUACUGAAAAACCAUUUAUUGAAUUGAGUAUUUACGAAUCGAAAGCAUCACAAUCAAAUAUAAUGCAUUUUCAAUAUUGUAAAUUACUUAUUCAAGAAUUUGUACUUCAAAUUGAUCAAGGUUUAAUUUUAGCUAUUCUUGCUUUUCUUAGACAAGAAAAGAAUACAACAACACCGAUGAUCAAUAUGGAUACUGAUUUAGAGUAUACUCACAAUUCACUUCGAGCUAUUAUUAAAGUACAAACUGAUACUCCAGCGGGUGAAACACAAAUGUACUUUGACAAUAUUCACUUAUCACCACUUAAAAUUCAUGUUAGUUUUUCAAUGCAUGGAUUAAAAUCGAAUGAUGAAUUAUUUGCUGAAUAUCCACUUGUUAGAUUUCUUUUACGAACAUUGAAUGUCGGCGAAGUGAAAAAUGUUAUUCUCAGAUUGGGUUUCUAUGAAAGAUCAUUUGAUCGAUUUACUGUAACUAAAUUAACAAAUGAAGUAUCAGCACAUUAUCAAAAUCAAUUUUUUAAACAAAUUCAUGUUCUUAUACUCGGUUUGGAUGUAUUAGGUAAUCCACUUGGUAUCAUUCGAGGUAUAGCUGAAGGAGUAGAAUCAUUAUUUUAUGAACCAUACAAAGGUGCAAUCGAAGGUCCAUUGGAAUUUGCCGAAGGUAUGGCUACUGGUGUUUUAACAUUGGUUGGCUCAACUGCUGGUACUGCUGCUGGUGCAGCUUCAAGAAUAACUGGUGUAAUUGGACAAAGUUUAGCAAAACUUACAUUUGAUGAAGAAUACAAAGCUUCACGUAUUCGUCGUAGAGAACCAGCAGCCCAUGCCAUUACGGAUAUUGCUGCCGGUGGAAAAAAUGUAGUCAUGGGAUUUGUCAAUGGUGUAACUGGUGUCGUUAAAAAACCAGUAGCUGGCGCAGCACGAAGUGGUGCAUCAGGUUUUGUCAAAGGUUUAGGAAAAGGUUUAAUAGGUCUCGUAGCACAACCCGCUUCUGGUAUUGUUGAUUUCGCUAGUACUUCACUUGAUGUAGUUAAACGUGCGGCUACACAAGAACAAAUUGUUCGCCGUGUUCGAUAUCCACGACAUGUUGGUCGUGAUGGUCUUGUUCGUCCAUAUAUCCCUCAUGAAGCAAUGGGUUUAUAUAUUUUAAAUCGACUUGAAGAUAGACGAUAUGCAAAGACGGAUACAUAUGUUGCUCAUAUUACAUGUUCAGAAAGUCCAAUGAGUUGGCUCAUGGCUACUUCAAAACGUAUUUUAUUUGUUACAGAAAUUUCAAUUCUUGGUACUUAUGAGGUUGAUUGGACAAUAAGUUAUGUAGAAUUAUAUGAAAUACCCACUAUCAUACGUGAUAAAAAUAAAAUUCAAAUUUUAGUUAAACCUCAAAAUACUGGUGGGUCUGAUGGAAAUCGACCAUCUGGAAAAUUGGUUAAAUAUCGAAAUAUUGAUGAAGCUCGUUACUUUGUUGACAAAACUACAAAUGCAAUGCAUUCAAUUGGACUAUAA